AUGGCAGGUUGUUAUUGGCGUUUUGGUCUUGAUGCAAUCACUCUUGGAUUUUGUUAUGCAAGAAGAGCCUUUUUGUUUUUCUUGAUAAUCCCUCUUGCAAAGGCUCAUUCACAAGACUUUUCCUUUGAUUACAACUUCAGAAAUGCUGCUGAUGUAAAACAGCUAAACCUGGUAGGAAAUGUUUCUGUUUCAAAUUCAGGCAUCAAACUCGCAGUGGACUCAAACAAUGGUGGUAGUGGGAGUGUUGGGCUAAUCACAAGUCCCCAGCAUCUUCACAUUUGGAACAAGACCUCAAAUGAACUAAAGGGCUUUGCUACUCACUUUUCCUUUAUGAUCAACUCAAACGAGAUUUCUCAUGGAGACGGGUUGGCUUUCUUCCUGGCAAACCCUAAUCACUUAAAUGUGAAUACUAUGGACGAAACAAAGCGUGGAGGCCUUGGCAUUGGUCGUGUUCCAGAGACCUUUGUAUAUCUCUCUGUCCCGUUGAAUCAAUUUGUGGCAGUGGAGUUUGACACUUUCUCAAACACAUGGGACCCAGUGGACACACAUGUGGGUGUGAAUGUCAAUUCAAUGAAAUCUGAAAUAGUUGAGAAUUGGGGUUCGAAUACUACUGCUUCAGGAGGCCAUUAUGAGUGUACAAUUAAGUACAAAUCGGAAGAUUAUUGUCUAAACGUUUCAUUCACUGGAUCCAUGCUCAAUGAAAAACGAGUAACGCAGUACCUUCUUUUUCACAUUGAUUUGAGAGACUACUUACCAGAGUGGGUUACUGUUGGUAUAGCAGCUGCAACUGGAGAUGGGUUUGAUGAACACACCUUGCUGUCAUGGUCAUUUAAUAAAAAAACAAGUAAUGAUAAGAAAAACGAGUUAGACAAGACAAUGUUGUUGGCGGGAGUAGGAGUUGGUUUAGGUGGGGCUGUGAGUUUCUUUGCGUUGCUCCUCUUCAUAUUGAGGAAGAGAGGUGCGGGACAAAAGGAAGAAGCCACUUCAGAAACCGCUUCUGAUUUGAAGAUGGAUGGUGAGUUCCAAAUGGGCACUGGACCUAAGAAGAUCAACUACGAGUUAUUGGUAUCUGCAACAGAUAACUUUCAAGAGAGACACAAGCUGGGGCAAGGUGGUUUUGGUUGUGUUUAUAAAGGUUAUUUUAAAGACCUAAACUCCUAUGCUGCAAUAAAGAGGAUAUCAGCGGCUUCAUCACAGGGUUUGAAGCAAUAUGCAACGGAAGUAAGGAUCAUUAGCCAACUGAGACAUAGAAAUUUGGUGAAAUUUAUAGGGUGGUGCCACAAGAAGAAUGAUCUCUUUCUGAUAUACGAGUACAUGCCAAAUGGUAGCUUAUUUUCUCAUCUUUUUCGUGGAGAGAGUAUCUUGGCGUGGAAUGUGAGGUACAACAUAGCUCUGGGCUUGGCCUCUGCAUUGUUUUACCUACAAGAAGAGUGGGAAAAAUGUGUGCUUCAUAGAGACAUCAAAUCAUGCAACAUAAUGUUGGACUCCAAUUUCAAUGCUAAGCUUGGGGAUUUUGGCCUGGCAAGGGUGGUGGUGGAUAGUGAGAAAGGGUCACAAACUACAAUUGCGGAUGAGAAAAUGGGUUACCUUGCUCCUGAAUAUAUUAGCACAGGCAAGGCUAGAAAGGAAUCUGACAUGUUCAGUUUUGGGGUUGUUUUGUUGGAGGUAGCCAGUGGAAGAAAAGCCAUUGACCAAAAAGACAAAGAGGGUCAAGUAUCACUUGUUGAGUGGGUGUGGGAGCUCUAUAGAUUUAGAAAUCUCCUUGCAGCAGCAGAUCCAAACCUUAAUGGGGAAUUUGAUGUUCAGCAAAUGGAAUGCUUGCUUGUUGUUGGUCUUUGGUCUGCUAAUUCAGAUAGCAACACAAGGCCCUCCAUAAGGCAAGUGAUUAAGGUGCUUAACUUUGAAGCUCCUUUUCCUAUUCUCCCUCACCAUCUAUCUCAUGAUCAGUUAUGA